AAUCGGUGGUUACAGGUCACUCUUAACUUCGCGUGAACAGCAUCAUGUCUGACAUUGCAAAAGAUAAGGCAGCUCGUUUACUGAAAAAGCGAGGCAGUUUGUCAUCACUGAGCAGCCAUGGCCUCAUUACAAAGGGGAAAGCAGAGAAACAAAAGGACUAUAUGAGUACUGUGUCCUAUAUGGAUGAUCCAGGCCAUUUUGAUGACAUUCCACGGCCUGCACAACAGAUGGAAAACACAUACCAGUUGGAACCUUCAAAACAUUUUCCAGAUCUCACUGUGAACAAUAUUCUCAAAGAUGUCCUAACAAGCUACUUGCAAGAGGAGAAAUAUGAACCUGAACUCUGCAGACAAAUGACCAAGACUAUCUCUGAGGUUAUAAAGGCUCAAGUAAAGGAUCUCAUGAUUCCACGAUACAAGAUUAUUGUUCUAAUCCACAUUGGACAGCUGAAUGGACAGAGCAUGCGGAUUGGUAGUCGAUUUCUCUGGAACACCAAUACAGACACCUUUUCUUCCUUCUCUUUCUGUAACCGAUCUCUUUUUGCUGUUGCUAAUGUUUAUGGAGUGUACUUUGAGUGAAAUACUUUUGGGCAAUAUAAUAAAAAAAUAAUACUAAAUAUAAAACUUGUAUAGUAAACAUGCUGCUUGGCAUCAGUAGUGAUCAAUAUUUCAAGGGCCAUUUGAUGCCUACCUCCCUUUCCUUUAUAAAUUGGAUUCUUGACCCUGUGCCAAGUUCAUUUGAUUUCCCAGCUUUUAACUUAUGUAUUUUGAGAGGACCGGAAGUGACGGCAUUGAUGAAUACUUAUUUUUGUGAGAUAUUAUAAACAGCCCCCUUUUUUUUCUCUUUUUUGCUUCUUUUUUCUUCUAUAUUAGUUAUUAGAUUAGAUUAGCUAGUUUUGCAUUAUAUAUUUUUUGUUUUUUUUCUUUCUUUUUUCUGUUUUCCUUAUAUCAUAUAUUAUGAAAUAUUUAGACUUACUAUGUUCAUACAUAUAUUUUAUGGCUUAUGUCUUGGUAAACUCAUUUAUAUUGUAACUAUUAUGUAUGUUUUUUUUCAUAUGUAAUGGAAUUUAUAUGUUAGUAAUUUCUUUAUCAAUAUAUCAUUUGUAUUCUGUCCAUGUUACUAAUAUUAAUAAAAAGAUUUAAAAAGAAAAGAAAAGAAAGGAUUCUUGCCCACCUAUAAGAUGUUAUUCACUCUUACAUUUAGUUUUGUUCCCUUCCCUUGCCUUUUCUUAAAAGUAGAGGGUAGGAGAAUUAUAUUUCAAGGAAGGAUUAAUCCAGUUUUCAUAUAAGCGACUAAAAAAGCAUUUACUUUAAAACAGCCUUUGAUCCUAUACUUGAUAUCUAGAAAUAACCCAUUUGAUGUUAAUAAAAUUUAAAAGUAAAUAUCUUGGGAAUUUCCAGCAUAGUUCCAAUUGCCAGCAUAGUGAUAGAUACUCCCAGGCAAAGAAAUUGGUAAGAAAUAA